GAGGUCGCGGUUUCAGUAAACAUGAAUGACUCUAAAUUCACCCUGUAUUACUUCCCGACAUCCUACUAUUCACAGAAGGUGCUGAUUGCACUGAAAGAGAAGAAUGUCCGCUUCCAGCUUCGCAUGGUCAAUAUCCUCAACCUGGAGCAGACCCAGGCAUGGUACAUGAGGAUGAACACCGGUGGCACCGUUCCUGUACUCAAGGACGGUGACAAGAUAGUGAAGGAAUCGGAAGACAUCAUCAACUAUGUGGACCGGGCCAUUCCUGGCGAUGUUCGACUGGUUCCUGGUACAGAAUCAGAGAUGGGAAGACAGGUGGAGAAAUUUCGCAAACUGUUGGAUAAAAUUCCGAUAGACCGUAUAACAUAUGGCAUUUUCUUCAACAAUGAGCUGUCACCUUCAGGAGGCCAGAUUCCUCCCCCGUUUAGACAAUCAAGAAAAGAUCUGGAAGCAAAGAUGCUGAAAGGGGCUGUAGACACAGCCAAGCUAGCAGAGCGCCACCUAGACCUGCGAGAUGCUUAUCUGACAAAGAGUCAGAUGAUGUCGGACCGCCUCAACUUCCUGACAGACAAGUCCCGCGUGGAGGAAACACUUGACAAUUUGGAAAAGACUUGCGAUGUGUUGGAGGAACAGCUGAAGAAGAUGAAGAUUGAACAAUCUGAUGAGACGUGGCUAUGUGGGCCCAACUAUACUGCUGCCGAUGUCACCCUCACCUGCCUUCUGGGCAGACUCAUCUUUGUAGGGCUGGGAGACCGCUACUUCCCCAAGGAGAAACGACCCAACCUGUGGGCUUACUGGGGCAGGACACAACAACGAUCAAGCACGCGAGAAGUUGUCCUUGGGGCAGGGAAGUUCCUGGCCAAAUACAUCAUCCAGGAGAAAGCCAAGGUUGUGCUCCCAGUCAUUGGUGGCCUGGCUACAGUUGGGUUGGCAGCUGGCCUGGCUGCCUUCCUCAUACACAAAUACAAGUAGAGGACACUGUGAGGAGAUAGGAGCCGUAUACUGUAGGACACUGCAUAAUAAGGCAUGGCUGAAGACACAGAUGCUAUAUAUACAAUGACUAUGAAGUGCACUUGAUGUAGCGUAAUUUUAAUAACAGCUUAAACUCACGAGUUUCCAUUAUGUGGUAUUAUAUGGGAACCAUGUAUUUUUCAUUAUUUGACAUGUAUUGUCCUAUUCCUAUGAAACAUAUACUCAUAGAGGGAACUCAAGGGAACACAUGAAAGUACUAGUGUUCCUUUAUUCUUUUCUCAGGUUUCUUCACAAGGUAUGUAUUGCACUGUGGGUGAAAUUCUGGAAAUA